GCCCAGGAGUGAAGUGUGUAUUUCCCAUCCAUCUGCAGUCAUGAGAGUCUCCCUUGUUGCUGCCCUUGUCCUUGUUCUGGCUAUUGGCCAUGGUGCUGAGGCCGCGUCUCUGAUGAAGAGCGAGGCCCCCUCGGCGGUGGAGAUGAUCACCAAGAUCAUCAAGGAGAUGUCGGCCAUCGUCACCGGCACCACGCAGGGUAUGGUGCAGAAGCUGAAGAGCCAUGAGCUGACCAACAAGGCCCAGAUGUACAUUGAGGACAGCAGAGCACAGAUCCAGCCUCUGGUGGAGCACGUCCAGAUCGAGGCUGGUAAGCUCCAGGAGCAGGUGAAACCAUAUUUUACCAACAUCGAGGAGCAGAUGAAGCAUCUGACGGACAACCUCCAAGCUCAGAUCAUACCUCUUGCUGAAAACUUCAAUGUUCAGAUCAAACCUCUAGCUGACAAGUUCCAGACUCAGGUGGAGAGGCUCUUCCAGCAGGUGAUGGACCAAACCAAGGCCCUGCUCCCCCCACAGUAAAGCUAGCUGUUGGUUCAGCCUGGUUCAAAUGAAACACCCCCACGCCCCUGGCAAGAUUUUUUUUUGGGGUCAUUUUUGCUCUGCCCAGAUUUUGGAGGGAAAACACUGUUUCACUAUAUGUCAUCUUGCUUAUUCCCCUCUCCAUAAGUGAUCUGAGAUAUGAUGACUUGAUUUUCACCAUUAAAGAGCUGGAAAGG